AAUAACCGUUGUCAAAGUGACGUCGACUAGACGACAAUCAUUGAUUUGAAAACGCUGAGAGAAAUCCAGAUAAGGUGAGGAAAUCAGCAAAAGAUGUCGACUGCUCCAACCAAACAUGGAAGCUCUAGUGCGGAUAGGGAAAGUACGCCGAAGACAAAAAUAAGAAAAAGUUUGGGCCCAUCGCCUUAUAAAGCAACUAUUAACAUCAUGGUAUACAUGAACGAUAUCUAUGCGGCGUUAAGGAAAACGUGCGAAUUCUACAAAUGUACCAAAAUGCCCAGUCCUGUCAAUAUCGAUGACGAUAAGAAAUAUACUCACUUAGACGACAAUCCAUACAAGAUUCAGUUUGGUUUCAAAAAGAUAGAUGAAUUGAAUGAGUUGGACAAAAUUUUCAUCAAGAACAAUGGUAUCGAGAAUAAAAUGAUGUUUGCUCUGAAAUACUGGAUGGAACCGUAUAAAUUCAUCAGUACAUUGAAAUUUGAGAAUUGCAAUAUGACACUGGACCAUAUAGACUCGUUAGUGGACAUUUUGAAAACCCACGAUACAAUAAAGGAGUUGAGUCUGAAUGGGAAUCCCCUAGAGGAACAAAACCAUUUUUUAGUAUUGCGUGACACACAACUAUUUUCUGUAUCCUUGAAGUUAUGUGGGAUCAAUACAGUGGGUGUUGAGAGAAUUGCCAAAGAACUUAGUACUCCUACAGGAAAUUCUCUGUUACACCUGAAUCUUGCAAGUAACAGUAUUUUCGAUGAGGGUGUAUUGUAUGUGGCAGAUUUCUUGCGAAUAAACAGGAACCUGUUGUCGCUGAAUUUGGCAGAUAACAAAUUGAGGAGCAAGGCUUGUGCCAUCUUGACACAGCCUUUGCAAAAAUUUCAACUCGGCCACAACGAUGUUCUAAUGAGACGAAAAAUCAAAUUCGAUUUGCAGAAACAAAAUAUUGAGAGGGCUGCAAAUCAAGACAUCGAAAGGAGUUCCUCGAAAACCAUUAAAAAAACAGUCAGAGCAACAGGAACUAACGGGCAAAUGGACUCUAGGGGAAAACAUACGGUUUUCGUGUAUGGUACUCUUAAAAAAGAAGAACCGAACCACUCAUGGUUUUCAAAAAACGCCGGAGGUUUCUACAAAUAUCUGGCUGAUGCGAAAACCAAAGAAAAAUAUCCUCUCAUCAUAGCAACCAAAUACAACAUUCCAUUCAUUUUAGAGAGUCCAGGGAUCGGUACAAAUGUUAUAGGAGAAUUAUACGAGGUAGACGACAAAGUAAUGGCAGAUCUAGAUAUCCUUGAGGAUCAUCCGAAUUUUUAUAGAAGAAAAUUGUAUGACGUUCUUACAUUGAAUGGCCAAAAUACAACAUCUAAAGCUUGGAUUUACAUGAUUGAAACGUUCAAUCCAGACUUACUAAAUGAAACAUUCUUUGAAAACUACAGCAGUUUAGGGAACCACGGGAAAAAAUACGUGGAAAGUGAGAAUUCAACACUGGAUGAUUUGAAUUUGGGAUAAAAAGUUGGGUCAACCGUCUCUCAAGGAAUUGUCUUUUGUUUUUAUGUUCCCUGUUUCUGCAUGAAUUUAUUAGUCACUGGAAAUGUUAGUUAUCUAACAAUACCAUUCAGUGACUCAAGAAUUUAUAUCGUACACUACAGAGUUUUCUAACAUUUGCUUUCUUGUGACGAGGAUCAAUAAUCAAUGAAAUCUGUUUUAUUAGUAGUUGGAUAAUCGAUCUAAGGAUUAUAAACGUUGACCAGAAUGAAUAAAUGAUGUUAUACAAAACACUCAAAUCAGAGAUUGUUGCUUAUGCUCCAAAAACAAACAUUUAACCUAAGUUCUGUCCAUUUGUGCUUGCUCUACCUGUUGAACUAGAUUUUUUUCUAUGACCUGUUUACAUCAGGCCAUGAACAGAGACUAUUAUGGGGAAAAAUCAACUUUAGCAACUUCAGCAAUACAAAGGAAGCCUCUAACAACUAUCUGCAUUACACCUCUUAUUACUGUUUUGCCGGUAAAUUAUAUGAAGAACACAGUGUGAGUGUACACCAUAUAACACCGAACUGUAUCAGUUCUACACGAUCUACUCUGGUGUACAAUAUUAUAGUCAUUGGAGGCACAACAAACAGACCUCUCAUUUUUAAGGGUGACUUUAUAGCUUCAAAGUAUGUAGAAAUCAUAUAUCAUUCAUUUAUGAAUGCUGAUGCUGCAGUCUCAUUAUGUUCAGAAAAGACAAUUCACAAUAGAAAAUAAGCGUACGCCACCUAUCGGAGUUCUUGAAAGAUGUCAAAGCGGGUUUUCAUUGGUUCACAUUUGUUUUGUGUUUGUUCUUAUUGGUCAUAUCAAACAAACCGCUCGGAAGUGUUCAAGUUGCUGCCGUGAGGAGGAGCGACGUGUUGUUUUCUAUUGCGAAUAUGAUCAAAUUGAUUUAAGAUUGUUUAUUAAUUUUGUGGAUUGUUGAAGAAAAAUAAGGGUUAUUUCAAAUCUUGGAAAACCUAAAACUGAAAUAAUAAAGUCGAUCAUUUAUAGUGUCUUUUUUCUGAAGAAUAUUCAGUAUUUCUAGAAAUGUGGUAUACCCAGAUACUGGAUAUAAAAAUAUGUUUUUUUCACAUGAAGAGAGAAAAGUCUGGAGAAGGAAAUAAUAUAUAAUUUCAUUUGUAAAAAACGUAAUGUUUAAAAAUCAAUAGAUGAAAACACAUCACUGAUUUCAAAGACUAUGGGAGACAAUGGUAAAUUCCAUUCCAACAGAAAAUUUCAAAAAUGAUCAACAAAUCUAUGCACAAAUUUUCAAAUAUUCAUCACAAACUCAAUUUACUCCAUCAAGAAUCAAUGAUGAUACAAACAAAUAAAGUUCCUGAUUUCCCACAGAUUAGAAUCUAAAAAAAUCCUAUUGACAGAGUAAAUCAAGCUAGACUGGAUUCUUGAAUGGCCACCCUUGAAUACAAACAUGUCCCUAGAUUGCAUUUAAAUCACUAGCUAUCAUUACUGAGAGUAUUAUAACGGUUGCCAAGGCUCAGUUUGGGGCCUUGGGCAGAGUUCAGCUUGGAUUGCUCUGCCUGUCUGUACGAAGUUGACCGAUUUUGUUGCACCACUUCAAAAGCACCUUCACUACGGU